UAUUUUUGGAGGCUUACUAUUUUCUAGUGUUCGACAGACAAGACGAAGGACAGCAUUACCAUUUUGCGGCGAAUUCCGAAGCUGAGUAUAACGACUGGAAUAAACAUAUAAAAAAUGCAAGCUACGAAAAGCUUAAAGAAAAAUUACAAAAACUAUGUGAACAGAUUACCGAGAUGACUGGUGAGCACCCGUUACCGCAUAACCAUCCAUUUCGUGAUGAUAACGACAGCGAGCCUCCAAAACCACCAAAACCGCUUCACAAACCUCCGUUGCUGGAAAUAAGCAUGGCUUGCAAUGAUCUAAAACCAACUGUGGAGAAUAAAUAUCCAAAUGCAGUUAUAGUUGUUAGUACUAUGACCCCUCCUGGAGCAACUUGGUCCAGACUUGCACAGACUGAAAUAAUAGAGCAAAAACGUCACCCAUAUUUCUUGACGACUAUAAGCAUACCUUCUGGUGGAAAUUACAGUGAGGUAACAAGACUAAAACUUGCUGUCUUUGAUGUUCGCGACCGAGAUAAAGAAGAGAUGACUCAUUUGGGUCAGGCAGUUUGUACAAUCAAGGAUAUAUUGGAUUCUACGAAUCAGAAAAUUCAACUUUCUCUUACUGGCUUGGACUCUCCAAUGGCCUCAGGGACAAUAACAUUGUUAGGCUGGAAGGUCGAAACUGUUCAAGAUACUUUGGCGGACACUGAUGGAACGUUCAGACCAAGAUGUGGCUCAAUAAACAAACCGAAAUUCGACAAUAUGUUACAAAGAUCAUUUAGAUUUCCUACAAUCUUGGGUACAGAGGUGAAGUUUGUGGAUAUGAUGGGCGAAAGCUUUCUGACGUUCAGAAUUCCUCAACAAUUACUGUAAGUCAUGAGUAAAAUAUGAUAUUUCAUUUAGUAAAAUGAUUAGUUUUCGUCUCGAACUAAAAUGUCGUUACCUAUAGUUUACCGACUAUAUAAUACGUUAAAAUGUUU